AUGUUUGGAAAAUCAAGUUUCAUCGUCAUUGUUUUUAUCCUUGUUUCAAGCAGUUUCACCAGUGGAAAACCCAAAAGUUUCGACUUCAGCAAAUCACCGGCGCUUACAGCUCACAAAAAGCCUCAACCGAUCGAUCAAACAUUUAACAUCAACAACUGGGGCCUCGGAAAAGCUGAUAGAAAACUGCUCACCGAGAUGAAGUACAAAAUUGAUUACCUGUACCAGAAAUCGACAAGCGCUAAAGGUAUAAACUCUUGCAAUUGAAUUAAACUUUCAAUUAAUUAAAAAAGCGACUAAUUGUUCGAGGCUUAUUAUUAGAGCGACUUAAUGUUUGAGGCUUAUUUUAAAAUCAACUGGAAAAUUUUCUUCCUUUGAGUUUGUCCGCAAGAUGGUUGGGUUUACUACGGCAACUUCAGUUACCUCAUCAUCGACAUUCGAACCCUAAAAUGGAGCGAUGCUCGACGAACAUGUCAGAUGCUUGGAGGAGACCUCGCUAUAAUAAAAUCAGCUGCUGAGAAUAACUUCAUAUUCACCUUGCUCAAGAAACAGAAAACAGUCACAUUGCAUGGUGUGUGGCUUGGUUUUGUCCGG